AUGAUGGACAAUGGCCUGCCUGACCAGAAACGUCCGCGCAUAGGAUCAUGGACGCCCCAGCAGUCGCGUGAACUCCCUCAACUCCCUCCUCCUACCGUCCCAUAUCAGCAUGGCCCGCCCUUCUCCAGACCUGAGCCGCAGCCGCACCCCUUAGAUGACCGUCGACGACACUCAGAGCAUGCGCAGUACGAUCCCGAUCCACGCAGACCCGGCUCUGGCCCUUCGCAUGGAUACCAUCCUGCCUCGCAACCUCCUCCUCCUCCUCCCCAAUACGCCACCGGGCCCCGAGAUACAAUGGUCAAGAGAGAUCCGUCAGAUGAGCCACCCACCCCACAGUACCGUCCUCCCUCGACAGGGACCGGUCCCGACCACGGCGUGAGCGCGCCGCACCCAGACCGGUUCCAUCAUCCUCCUCACUUCGAUCCCCCCGCGCAGGGCCCGACUGCCUUUCGACAGCCAUAUCCCCUUCAGCAGAGUCCGAUGCCCGGCAGCGAGACCCCCUACAACCAGUAUGCCCACGGGCUUGCGCCCCCCCGAGAUCCAUAUCCCUCCCUCGCGUACCCGUCGUCUGCGGCCGCCGCUGCCAAUUCGGUGAAGAGGAAGGCGCAGAGGGCAGCCCAGGCGUGUGACAGUUGCCGGACGCUGAAGGCAAAAUGUGAUGAAGGGAGGCCUGCCUGUGGCAGCUGUAAAGAGAAGGGCGUGGCUUGUGUCUACCGAGAUCCGCCCCCCAAACAGAUUGACAAAGCUCAAGCCGAUAUCUUAGAUACCGUGCUGAGGAUGGAGAGCGCGUUCAACGGUUUGGCGGAGAAGCUCGUGGGCACAAUGAACAGCCUCUCUGGGAAAGUAGAUCUUUUCGAGAGGGUAUUGGUAUCCAGCGUCCCAGGUGCGGAGGCGAAUCUCCAGGAGGGGCUUCGUGACAAUGCCCAAGCGUUACAGUAUCCCCGGACGUCAGUGGGGUCCGUAUCCCAGGGUUUCAAGACUGAGCCGAUAUAUCCAUCUACCCCUAGCCAGCAAAGGAGUCUCGAGAGAAUCGAAGGAGAGGAAGGAGAAGAAGAAGAAGAUGAUGAAGCGGGGGAUCCAGUGCCCCCAGGAAAACCUUCGAUCCCCGUGAACCACACGACGGGGGCUGCAAGGUUACUUCUUGUAGGACCAAUCGCUCAAUUAGCUAGCGGCGUGAUUGCGUCGGAAAAGAUCAAGAACGAGAAAUAUCCCAUGAUUCAAGAAGAGAAACGUGGGGUCCUGAGGCUUUUUGGAAGGGGGGAGGGACUGGACCGACCCCCAGGUUAUGAGAAGGAUCCUCAAGCUGAUUACGGUGCUGAAAGCACCCCAAGUGAUACCAAUUCGGAUAUUUCAUCACCCGCGGGGGAAGAAUGGGGCCAGAUAGGGGGUUUGACUCCUCCUGGAGAUGACAAUAGCCCUCCUAUCCAAAGAGGAAACGUGAUCGAUACGGAAGGAAUGCCGGAUCUGAGGCGGGAAACGGUGUUGAGAUACGUGGAUAGCUAUAACCGGAACAUCAACAACAUGCAUCCUAUCCUGAUACCGCGGCGCCUCAACGCGCUGGUCGAAGCCUUCCUGAAAUCGAUUCCGACAAGUCAUGCGAGGCCAAGGCAGGUCGAGAAUUUAACUGGUCAUGGUUCAAAUACGCGUGGUCCAUCUGCCAGCUUCGUAGGCGGAGGGAGUCGAGCUCCAGAGAGUCCUGGACGGAAGCGGAAGAGAUCUCCCGCUAGCACGGCGGAGGGUUCGGAGGUUCCAAGCCAAAGCAUAUGGGAUCAUAAGCCUGGACAUCCAUUCCGAUCAAUCAGUACGGCUCUUGUGUUGUUGGUCAUGGCUCUAGGAGAGAUCUGUGAGCAUACCAAGAAGAUUCCGGACAUUUACCCUGACCAAAAUGAUGACCAAACGUGGGCUUCACCCCAUAUGCGCAACGGGCAUCCCGUUCAGAGUUCCCCUACGAUGUCUACCCCCACGGGAUUGCCAUCACCACAAGAGGGAGGAGCGCAUUCUCGCAGCCGGAGGACGUCAUUAGAAGGCCCGCCUUUCUUCCCGAAGAGGGCCAACCCCAAGGCCAGAAAUCUGGAUCUCCUGCCAGGCCUCUCAUAUUUUGCACUAGCAACGGACAUCAUUGGAAAUCAGCUAGGAGGAAACAGCCUCCAGCAUGUUCACGCAAACAUCCUUGCUGGUCUAUACCACGGUCAGCUCGGGCGAGUCUUGGAAAGUCACACUUAUAUCUACAACGCAUGCCGGGGGCUCCAGGUCAUCUUGAGACCGAAACUCGAGCGGCUACAGAAAUUAAAGAAGAACAACGAAGUGAUCCCACACAGGGACAAUCCUAUAGUCUUUGCAUUUUGGACGUGUCUGCAGCUUGAGAGUGAUAUUGUUGCCGAGUUACCUUGCCCACACUCUGGUAUCCUAACGCUCGAAGACGGGAUGCCACACCCAAAUUUGCAAGCAGCAAGGGAUAUUGACGGCCUUGAUUCGUUAAUCUUAGAGAGCUACACGGCUCAGCUGUAUCUGCGGAAACACCUCAACACUUUGCAUAAUAUGUUUUAUAAUCCCGAAGACUCCCAAGGCGACAAGCCAAAUUACUUUGCCACUAUCGAAGCGUGUGAAGGAAGCCUUAGCCAGAUCGACAUCGUGGCACCUAAUAUGAGGUGGGAGGAGGACGAUCCGCCAGCAACGGAUAUCCUCGGAGCACGGCUACGGGCCAAGUUCUACGGUGCUCGGGUCAUCACCUACAGAGAUUUCGUGUUGAAGAUACUCGAGCAUUCAGCCGCAAACUCGAAAUUCCGAGGCCAACAGAUCUCCAAGGAUUUCAAGAGCGGGGUCUCGGUUCCCACGCUCAAGGCAGACAUGAGAGAGAUCGACCCGAAGAUUCUCCAAUAUGCAGAGAUGGGUAUCAAGUCUCUUAUCAAGAGCACGACGGCUUUCUAUGGCCUAGGUGAUCCGGGACACAAGAGAUUGAUCGUCACGAAUAUCUGGGGAACAGCACAUGCGCAAUGGGGCAACGUCUUGACUCUCCAAGCAGCUUAUCUAGACCCUAUCCUAAAACAAUUUGUGGACCCACAGCUGCUUCAGACCCUCCUCAAGAAAACGCUGUCUUUCCUCUGGCUACACGCGCACCGUUCGUCAGCUCUCUUCAUCGACUACAAGAUCCUACACCACACAGGACGAAUCAUGGGAAUGCUAGACGACAAAGACGUGGCGCACCACUACAGCGUGAAUUCGAGUUUCAGCUCGAGUAUCCGAAGCAGCUCCAGCGGGGACGUCAGGAUGACUUGA